UCUGAGAACAUCUCUCCCCGGAGUCCCCUGUCGGGCCGCGCCGGCGCCGCCGCCACCGUGAGGCGACAGGAGAGAGCACCGCCGCCUACACCCCCUCCCCCGCCCAGUUCCGCAAUCCCCUACGCCGGCCUUCGUCCGUCGGUGGCGCCGCCUUGAGCCUUUGACCAUCUCCCGCCUCUCUCGACGAGGCUGCUGCCUCCUCCCCGCCGUCAGCUUAUUCGGCAUGUCGGGUCCGAGAUGGAAGAAGGGCAAAGAUGGCAAGGCCUUCUCAGCUCUAGCAGCAGCUAGCCCCAUGUCAAGCAUUGUUACCGACCUCCAGUCUUCGCUGAAACGCUGUAGAUCCGUGGCAACUAUAUCUAGCCACGGUGAGUACGCGAUUCUUGGAGUGAGCCCACAUCAAGCUAUCCUUCUGAACCAAGCUGCCUUUGGCCGGUUUGUGGAAAAUGCCGGAGCAGAGAAACAGUGGUUCCAGCUGGGCGCCGAGGAGGUCUUCUACCUUUGCCAUGCUUUGAAGUGCGUUGUGGUUGAGUCGGAGAGGGGGAAGCAGAUGAGUGAAGGGGAGAUGUGGGAUCUCUUGUGCUCCGCAUCAGACUCGUUUCCUGAGAUGUACAAGGCAUACUCACAUCUCAGAUCGAAGAACUGGGUAGUGCGGUCAGGUUUGCAGUAUGGUGCAGAUUUUGUAGCUUACCGUCAUCACCCAGCGCUAGUCCACUCGGAGUUUGCCGUGGUUGUGGUUCCGGAAGGAGCGCAGUUUGGCGCUAGGUGUGGCCGCCUGAAGGUGUGGUCCGAUCUACUGUGUGCACUCCGAGCUUCUGGCAGUGUGGCCAAGACACUGCUGGUUCUGACCAUCUCCUGCAGUAUCUGUGAACUGGGGUCACCAGAUUGUUUGGAGCAGCUGGUUGUUCAUGAGAGGACGAUUACAAGGUGGAUAGCGCAGCAGUGCCGAGAGCAGAGAUGUGAACCGUGCAGAGUACAACCAAAUAAGGAAGAACAAGGUCACACAAGAGAAACUGUAGUCUCAAACUAUUGGGGUGUAAUACUAGGCUUCACGGUUCUUUCUACCCUACUUGUAUACAAGCUGAGAUUCUCCCAAUAAAGCUUAAUAUUUCUCA